AUGCUGUACGCAGCCUCUCUCGCCGCCCUCGUCUGCGUCCUCACGCUCCCCACCCCGUCCCGAGCGUGGUUCCCUGGCGUCAAGAAGCGGUACACGGACGAGAAGCUCAUCGACGCAGGAUCGCUCGGCCUGCCAAAGACCGGACUCGUCGCGGCGUGGGCAGACUGGAACGCCGACCAGCUCCUCGACCUCUUCCUCGUCUCGGCAGACCAGCGCACCGUCUCGGUUCACACGUGGGACCGCAAGGCGUACGAGUGGAAGGAGGCGGUCGAGGCGCGGAUACGGACAAAGAGCGACUUUAUCAUCACGAACGUCGUCCCGGGAGACUUCGACUACGAUGGAAAGGUCGACGUCUUGCUCAUGGGCGGGAAGAACCCGGGCGGAUGGUGGGGAGCAGACGAAACGACAGAGAUGCAGGUGUACCUGCAACGGGGCGACGGCAGCUGGUCCGAAUCCUACCCUGUCGACUCGUCCGCACUCGCGCAAGCGAUGCCGAUCGACGCGACUGGCGACAUGCGGACAGACCUGCUCGGCAUGUCAGCGGGCUCGAAGCCUCAAUUGCAACUCUGGAACAACACCUGGGCCGCUUCGAACGCGACGAAUGUCUUCAGCGUAACGGACGCACCUUUCGACCUUUCGACCGCGCCGACGGGAAAAUUCGACUGCAAGUUCCCCUCACCUCACUUCAAUGCCUUUAUCGACCUCGACGGCGACUGCCUCGCCGACAUCUUCCUGACCUGCCAAGAUGGCGAGUCGGAAGACGACUUGAGCUACCAGAUCUGGCUGAAUAGCAAGGAUGGGCAGUUCAGGUACGCAAGAGGGGGCAAGUUGCCCGAGGCGACGAAGAGCGUCGGGUUUGCGGACAUGGAUCGAGACGGCACGAUCGACAUGGUCACCACGUCCUGCCCUUCCGCCGACGACUGCACCCUCUCGAUCGCCUACAACGACCAGAUGCCGCUCUGCGAGUCGUACAUAUCGGCUGAUGCCAAGUGCCGGGACCUCGAGAGUCUCUGCGUCGCCGACCCAGACUUCUCCUUCGACCUUUCGCCCUCCAGCUCGAACCCCUCCUUCACCCAAAUACCCAUCUCUUCCCUCCUCCCCUCCCACACGCUCGUCACCUCCUCGACCGCAUUCCGCGGCUCCUUCCCAACCCCGCCACAGAUCGGAGACUUCAACAUCGACGGUUACCCCGACCUCCUCAUCCUGGCGAGCAGCCAAGGCGGGCGGGAUAAGCAAGCGGUCAUUCUGCAGAGCCGGCCUUGCGAGAAGGGUAGCUGUACGGAGGAGGAGAUCAAGCGAGGGAGGAGGGCGUUUAGGGUCCUAAGCGAGGGAGCGGAGGCGUUGAGCAAGAUCAAGGAUGUGGAGAGCGCGACGUGGGUCGAUGUUGACGAUGAUGGCUCGCUCGACAUCCUCGUCCAGCGAAUCGGCAACUCGGGCGCGGCUCGUCAGCCCGUCUUCAUCAAGAACAACUAUUUCCAUGACGCCUUCUUCCUCAAGGCGCAGGUCUUGAACGGCGCUUGCCCAGGAUGGUGCGAGCCAAAAGAGCCGGGCGAGGCGCGGUACAGGCCUUACGGAAGCAGCUACUCGGGCGCGUCCUUCAAGUUUACCGUCCUCGACCCAACCGGCGCACGGCGGAGUACGCAAUAUGGCCAGCUACCACAGUCGACUUACAUGUCGCUCGCGACGCCCUACUCCUACUUCGGCCUCGGACGGACGAACAACUACGUCGAGAACUUGUUCAUCGGCUCGACUCGCCACCAGUCGCAGCAUUACAUCAACGUCGAAGGCCUCAUCCCGAACUCGCAGGUCCUCGUAAACCCCUACCAGCCGGCGAACAGCAAGGACCCGUCGAGCUGGACGAAAAUGCUGUACCUGCAUCCGGGCGACUGGAUCCCGUGGGUCACGAUCGUCCUUCUUGCGGCGAUUGCGAUUCUUGGGGCGACGGUGAUCGCUCUGCAUGUGCGGGAGAAGCGCGAGGACGAGGCGGAGCGAAGAGCGCGGCUUCUCCACCUGAACUUCCAGGCUCUAUAG